AUGCACUCCAAGGUCCUCAUUGGCCUAGGCCUGUGCGUCGUCGCCUCUGUCAUGCAAGCCACUGAUGCUCGUGGACUCUCCUCUCGUCGUCAACUUGGCUCGUACAAGGACCACAAACAUCACUUGCACAAGCACGACCACCACAAGAAGCAUCACCAUGAUGACAAGGGUCACUCGUACUACCGUCGCCGUCUUGAAGAAACCAAGGCUGCUGAGUCUUUGGACUACAGCUACGAUGACUACAGCUACGAUGACUACAAAAAGGAUGACUACAAGAAGGAUGACUACAAGAUGAAUGACUACAAGAAGGAUGACUACAAGAAAGACGACUAUGAGCACGAAAGCUAUGGUCAUGAGGACUACAAGCAUGAUGACUACGACUACAAGAGUUACGGCUACAAAAGCUACGGCCACGAUGACUAUGACUACAAGGGCUAUGGCGUCGGCUAUAAGGGCUACGGUGAUGACUACUACGGUCAUGGCAACGACUACUACAGCUAUGGCAAGGGAUAUGACAAGGGCUACAACAGCUACUACCCAGACUCGUAUGGCAAAGGCUAUGGCAAGGGAUAUGACAACGGCUACUACAGCUAUGGCAAAGGCUAUGGCAAGGGGUACGACAACGACUACUACAGCUAUGGCAAGGGCUAUGGAAAGGGAUACGGCGGCUCGGACUACUACUCAUCGUACGGUGACUUUGGCUAUGGUGGCUACUACCCGGACUACUACUCGUCCUUUGGUUACGGCUACGGCUAUCCCGGCUACGACUACGGCUAUGGCUACUAUGGCUACCCUGUCUAUGAGUCCGCAUCAGGAGGUGCCGCUGCUAAUGCUGGCAAGAAGGAGUCUGCUACGGAGUCUAUUAAGGAGUCUGCUACGGAGUCUACUACGGAGUCUACAGAUAGUGCCAACACCAAGUCUGCGGAGAAGGAGAGCAAGACGUCCGAGCCGUUGUCGAAGUUGUCGUCGAAGUCGCCGUCAAAGUCGAAAGAAGCCAAGUCUGAUACCGCAGACAAGUCAAAGGACAAGUGA